AUGUCUCUUCUGAUUCACGCUCUUGUCGCCACUUCUCUCUCUUCUUCCUCCAUCUUGCUCUCUGGCCGCGCCACUCUCGUCGGCCUCGCCGUCCGCACCUCAGGCCUCUGGUGCCACCGCCCAAUAAUGAUCUCACACGCGACCAUGGCCAUGCGUUCGCGGACUACCUCGUCUGCACCUCUGGAAUCCAUCAAGGACAUGCACGACUACAACGGCAACGUCGCCGGCUGGGUCGCCAUGGAUCGGUACUACGAGUGGCAGACAAAGGGCAAGGAGCGAGUGCCGCGCCUCGCCGAGCGUGCCGAUGGGACGCCCCUCCUCGCCGGCUUAUGGGACAGCGUCAAAGGCCCCGGUCCUUACGACAACGCAUACAAAAAACUCUACACCGGCCACCUCAGGUCGCCCACGCCGCCCAUCUCGCCCACAUCGCCCGUGUCAUGCCCACCUUUGUCCGUGUCGCUAUUCGUUGCAUUCUAUUCAGCCAUCUACCUUGCAGCUAUCCAACCAUCUACCUCAUUGCUAACAGGGCUAGUGAUCUAA